AUUUCCUGCAAAUUGGUGGCUGGUUCUCCGAUACGUCGUCGCAUCAUUCAGCGCCUCCUCCGCCGCAGCAUGCUCCUCUCGCCGACCUCCGAAGGCCUCGCGCGGGCCGGCCAAGAGCUCCGCGCCGGCCGCCUCGUCGCCUUUCCCACUGAAACGGUCUACGGACUCGGCGCCAACGCCUUUGACGCCAAGGCGCUCUUAUCGAUCUUCGAGGCCAAAGGCCGCCCGCUGACCGACCCACUCAUCGUACACGUGCCAUCGGUGCAGAAGGCGCUUGAGCUCGUCGAGCUCAACGAAACUGGCGUCCAUCUCUUCAAGACGCUCGCGACCGCCUUCUGGCCGGGGCCGCUCACGCUCAUUGCGCCGGCAAUUCCCGCCCUUCCGCGCGAAGUCUCGGCCAACACAGGCUUUGUGGGCAUUCGCAUCCCGAACCACCCGAUCGCCAAGGCGCUGCUUGAAGCCGCCCAGGUGCCGGUGGCCGCACCGAGUGCCAACCGGUUUGGCCACGUGAGCCCAACGACGGCCCAGCACGUGAUCAACGACCUCGGUGCGUACCCGGGCGGUCUCCACGUCAUUGACAACACGGGCGCGUCGUGCUGCGAGGUCGGCAUCGAGUCGACCGUCGCCAAGCUCGUGCCGGACGAAAAGAAGCUUCUCGUCUUCCGCCGCGGCGGCGUCUCCGAGGCCGCACUCCACCACGUCCUCAAUGCAACCAUGGGCCUUGGCAUCGAGAUCGUCUAUGCGCAGCGCGUCGUCGACGAUCAUUCGACGCAAAACCAGGUGGCGCCCGGGCAGCUUCUGACGCACUACGCGCCGGAUGUCGAGACGUUCAUGCUCGAGCCGUCGUCGUCGACGACGUCGGUGACGCCCGCCAUGAAGACGUGGGUCGUCCUGGACUUCCACGGCCGCCUCGCCGCCGUGCAGCCGCACGUCGCUGGCUACUUGGACCUGUCGGCCUCGGGCGACAUCCUCGCGGCCGCCCAUGUCGUCUUCGACUCGCUGCGGUGGGCAGAGCAGGUGCAUGGCGCGACGCGCAUUGUGAUUCCCGACGUCUCGGCCGUGCCGCAAGAGCACGCGCCCGCGCUGCACGACCGCCUCUUCCGUGCGUCGUCGGGCAAGCGCUGCCACCUGUAAUGCUAUAUCUUAACACGCGGUCGUCUCUGCGAUGAUACGGG